GCGCACCUUGGCGGGCCCCGGGCCGGCGACCUCGCGCCCGCACCAGUGUGUCCCCGGGCCGAAGGGCGGCAGAAGAGUUUGGUUCCAGCCCACAGGUGGCCGCCUCCCCUCGACGCGCUGCAGGGUUUAGAGGAAAAGGAUGCGCCCAAGUUCCGGACUGGGAGAGCAUGAGCCCAGCCCGCAGUAGCUACUGGGAGGCCGAGGAGGGCUCCUGAAGUUCUCUGGGCCUCAGUUUCUUCGACGGCAGUGCAAGGGCGUUGAUUAGAAUAAUCUCAGGUCGGCCCCCGCUCUCAUGUUCCAAGCGUCAUGUAACUUUCCACCCGAUCCGGAUUCUGAGUGAACUUCUCCCUCUUCCCUGUAUCUCUCCUGGACUACGUUGAGUAUAUUUAAGUUGUACUUUAAACCCGAGGCUUUCAGAGAUCGAAGGCCACCUGCAGGCUCAUGACCGACCUUUUAGAGGUGUGGCAACUCCUUCCCGGUGCAGAGGUGACUCUUCCAAGAGCCGGUUUUGAGUGGUAGGGAAAGCACAGUUCACAGCUUUGAGCCCUGGAAGAAGACACGCGUUGUAUUUUACUGGUGACACCACCAAGAGAUCUUCAUGCAUUUUACAGAGUUGUGUGAUGGGUGCUGAAACAGAUGGCAUUCCUUUGUAUCUGUUGUAUUCCCCAGAUGUCUUUUCCUGCGGUCUCUAAACAUUUUUUGGAGAGGACUCGACCUACCUUGGCUUGUUUUUCCUUCUGUUAUCUUGGACUAUUGAGAAGAAUCACAAGCAUCUUCACAUUUUAAAACACACACACAACUUCACUGUAUAUUUAGAAGUUGAAAAAGACUAUUUUGAGGGUAUGAUAAGGCAAGCUCACUAGUUUAUAAAAGAACAGCUAGAUCCAAAUUGUGUUUCCGCGGAUGGAGUAGGUUAAGGUUACCUGCUCAGAUGGCUUUACACUUUUUAAAGACUUUUUGUUGGCCUAGUUUCCAAAUAGUCUUUUUACCUUUUUUUGUUCCCCUUAUGAUAAGAAUUACCUCCCUGAAGUUUGCUUUUCAAAGAACUGGCCAUCAGUUCCUCAAGAAGACUGGGUAGAAUAUUUACAUCUCAAGGCACAGGGAAAGAAAGUUUCAGCCGAGACAAACAGUAAAUAUUCCUGGCAGUACUGAACAACCUGUUGGACUCAAGAGGUGUCCCCAAAGAAUGUGCAAACGAUCCUACCCUCCCAAGAUCCAGAGCCACAUCCAAAGGUAGCCAAAGAAAGACGUAGUUCCCCUGAGCGCUGGCAACGGUCAGUAGGACACUAGCUGCAAGUGGCAUGCCAUCCACACUUCCGUCCGGCCGUAUUUUGAGGGCCCUCAGCCUGAUGGUGCCCAGGCCAAGUUCUCAAGACCCAAAAUGAGACAAACAAGAAGGCAAUAGCUGUCCCUGGGAGAGAAAGGAUCCACAACCAGUGCAUCUUGGAAAGGAAGGAACAGCGUGAGAUUUUCCUUUCCCCUCUCAACUGGGCACUACAGACAGAGAUGCAGGAGAGCUGACUCUGAUCCCCAGCUCAAGGGUAUAGUGACCAGGUUAUAUUGCAGGCAAGGCUACUACUUGCAAAUGCACCCCGAUGGAGCUCUCGAUGGAACCAAGGAUGACAGCACUAAUUCUACACUGUUCAACCUCAUACCAGUGGGGCUGCGCGUCGUGGCCAUCCAGGGAGUGAAAACAGGGUUGUAUAUAGCCAUGAAUGGAGAAGGUUACCUCUACCCAUCAGAACUUUUUACCCCUGAAUGCAAGUUUAAAGAAUCUGUUUUUGAAAACUAUUAUGUAAUCUACUCAUCGAUGCUGUACAGACAACAGGAAUCUGGGAGAGCCUGGUUUUUGGGAUUGAACAAGGAAGGGCAAGUUAUGAAAGGAAACAGAGUAAAGAAAACCAAGGCAGCAGCUCAUUUUCUACCCAAGCCAUUGGAAGUUGCCAUGUACCGAGAACCAUCUUUGCAUGACGUCGGAGAAACGGUCCCAAAAGCCGGGGUGACGCCGAGUAAAAGCACAAGCGCAUCUGCAAUCAUGAAUGGAGGCAAACCAGUCAACAAAAGUAAGACGACAUAGCCAGAUCCUCACAGGUGUUGUGACUGACUCUCCCUGAGCACCGUUGAGUGAUUUAUCCUGGCCACACCCUCCUGUUCCGGGGCCCAGGAGCAGCCGGCAGUAAGCAGACGCUUGCUCCCCACUGGCUCGAACUUCUUGGUUGCAAGUGGAUAAAUCUCAACGUGUUGUGCCCUCACAACAGGAAGACACCUGGAUAACCAGCUCAACUCAGACCAUGGAAUGCCCUACCAGAUACGGAAUGCCUUUUUAAUAUCUUUUCUGUGACUGUGACACUUCACGUGAAUGACCUACUUCACAAGUCCACUUGAUACCUUGCCUGCUGACAGCUACCCAUAUUCCUUUUUGAGUCCCGUUUUGGCGAAUUCCAUGUGUUUAAGUUCGAUUUUGUAGCACACAGAUACUCUUGAGUAAUUUCUAGUUAGAUGCUGUAAACCUGUGCUGUUAUGGAGUUCUCUUCUUCCCGUUUUUACAGGGCUGCUGGCUCCACUGUCUGUGACCUUUUGCAGGGAUUGUGUUCCUCUCAAUCUUAACUGUCGCGGUUGGCUUAGUUGGGAGAGCGAUCAGGGAAACAGAAAGCCUUCUAAACCUAUUAUGACACAUUGCAUCUAUAAAGAUUAAGAGUUUUGUCUCUGGCUCACACUACUGAUGAAACACACAUAUACGCUCUGUCCAGUAGCAGAUACUGUGCUCCCGAGGCCAUGUGGCCGGGCUGAGAAACGGGGUCAAACGCAGUCAUGAGAAGCGCUCUAUGAUCUGGGUUUGACAUCCCCCUUAGUUUCUUUGUGUGUGUGUGUGUUUUAUACAUAUCACAAGCUUACUGGUAAUGGUAACAUUUGCCUUGCCCAGCGAGCAAGACCCACUAGUUUUUGAGAAAGUGGGUCCAAAGAACUCUGUAGGCCUUGUAGGCCUGAUUAAGGUUCAUUUUCAUCUAUGAAUCCUCAUUAUUUGGAAAAAAGGAAAAAAAAUCAAUAAUUACAACCUACAAGAAUUGCGCUACCUAAAUCCAUUUCAGAUAGAAUCCUUCCUGUUUUUAAUGAACCAAACUUAAUGCCAUCCCCAGUUUGGGCUGCAUUCCACUCAUACUCAGCAGAGCAUGGGCAAGGCGGCUGUUGUGUUCUUUUCUGCAGCAGCAAUGCAAACGUUAGUUAUAAAUUAGACUUUAAUAUUUUUGGUGUUUAACAAGUUUUUAAACUGGACAUAUUAGGAAAAAAAUAUUUUUUUUAGCUCAGCAUGCUGAGUCAGGUACUGUGUAAUUCACCAGUCCAUACCUCUGACUCAGCUUCUUGGGCCCCUGUGGCCCAAUGGCUGAGUUAGAGGUGCCUUGCCAUGAUCUCAGAAUGCAGUCUGUUUAAUUAUUCUAGAUUAAAACUAAAGACAAACCAACACGUUCAAACAUCAGGUUUUUGGUCCAUACAAUUUUUUUUUUGCUUUUCUUUGAUUUUGCUUUCUUAACUUACUUUGGAAUUUAAUACUGCUGAAUUCUGAGCUUAGGAAAGACAACGACUAAGAAAGUCCAUGAAUAGUUGACUCCACGGUGAAGAAACCAUGCAAAAUGUUCAAUAUUGGAUAAAAAGAGUUUCAAAAUGUUUGAUACUAAACUGUUUGGAAAUAUAUUUGUUAACUCUGUGUAUACUUAAUAAAUUUCAAUGUUUUCUCCUCAGAAGAGUUAACUGAGACCAAACUGAACCUCAUUUAUAGACAACUAUACGUGGGAUCAAUGUACUGGCCUCUUGUUAUUAUUUCCAUGUGGAAGGAUGACCCAGUCGCCAUUUUCUCCCAUCUGCACUGUAUUUACUGGGAAAUUAUUUUGUCACUGCUUUCCUAAGUCUCCAUGACAGCCCUUGCCCAGCAUUUAAAAAUUUUGGCCUGCUUAGCUGAUUAAAGAUUUACUAUCAAUUUAA